AUGUUUCCUGAUAAUUAAAUAAGUCUCUUUAAAAGAAAUUCUAGAUUUCAACCUCAAUUGGCUUCAGUUGAAAAUACUAAACCAUUUAUUGAUACAACAAAACUUAUUAAAUACACUGAUCCUGUUCAUAAGACACUUUUUGAAUAUCAACAAUAUAAAAAGAAUUAUAAUUAAAUGAAAUAAUCAAAAAUGAAAAAAAUACUAUCAAAAUCAGUUGAUAAGACAACCAAAUAAAUUAUUAAUAGUAAUAGUUAAUUAUCAUCAUCCGUUGAUUAUAAAAUUAAAUCUAGUGGAUAAAAUUUAAAAUAUAAUUAGAGUACUCAAAGUGUCAUAUCUGAAAGUAGUAUUACUAAAAAAGGAGUUCUUUAUGAUGGAAACAAUACUCAAGUCUAUAGAAUUUUAAUUGAAGGUCAUUUCAAUUAUUAUGCUCUUAAAAUAAGUAAAAUUAACAUGAAUAAAUGUUCUAAGGAAAUCUAUUAUCUUAAAUAAUUGAGACAUCCAAACAUAAUUGAACUCAAACAUCAUUAUGUAGUUUAUGAUAAAUCUAAUGUAAUAUCUCUUAAAUUAUAUAGGAUAAUAGGCCUAUGUUAUAUUAAAUUAUGCCAUUAAUGAGUUGUAAUUUAAGAUCCUUUUUAUAACAAUUUUAUAAACAUUCUAAUGUUUAAGAAAACAUUAAAGUUGCAGAUCCUAAAUUAAUCAAUCUAACUAAAUAAGAGAAAAAAGCAAAAUAAAUCUUAUUUAAAUUAUUUAUCUAUUAAAUAGUAAGAGCAGUAUCAUAUUUACAUCACAAGAACAUUACUCAUAGAGAUCUUAAUCCUAGAAAUAUUUUAAUUGAUGUUGAUACAUUAAGUGUCUAACUCUGUGAUUUUAAUAGUGCAAAAUCAUUAUUCUCUUAGAUUCCUUCUCCAAAUUAUGUUGGUGAACGAAAUUAUAGAGCACCAGAAUUAUUAUUAGGAGCUAAAUUAUAUAAUUAAUAAGUUGAUAUUUGGAGUUUGGGUUGUAUUAUUUCAGAAUGUUUUUUGGGCAAAUAAUUAUUUAAUGGAACUAAUACUGUUGAAACUAUGGCUGACAUUAUUAGAUUGCUAGGAACACCUACUCUUUAAGAAAUGAAAAAUCUAAAAUCUUAAAUAUUAGAUCUUAAAAUGCCUGAAAUACCUAAAUUUCCUAUGGCUAAACGAUUCUAAGAAAUAGAAAAUGAAUAAUUGAUUGAUUUGCUAGAGAAAAUAUUUGUUUAUGAUCCUAAUUAAAGAAUAUCUGCUUUUGAAAUUUUAUUACAUCCUUUCUUUUAAGAAUUGAAACAACCAAAUAUUAAAAUUAAUUCAAAAUCUCUUCCUAAUUUAUUUAAUUUUACAAAAGGUAUUAUUAUUUAAUACAAUUUCUAGAAGAGUUAUAGUUAGAUGAAUAUUAAAUUAAUCAAAAUAGAUUAAUACCAAAUUGGUUUACUGAAAAAUAAAAGAGAUUUGAAUAUCUAACAACCAGUAUGGAUGAUGCUAAAUUAUUAUUAAAUAAAUGA